AUGCCAAAUCAUUUAUUUUUCUUUAAAUUUUUUAUUUUAAAAUUAAUUAUUAUUAAUAACUUGGCAAUUGAACAAAAAUUAAUAAUUGAUUUAAAAAAGCCAUUAUCAUCUUUAACUUCACAAAAAACAAAAUCUGGAAUUGUUGUAGGAGAAAAAGGAGAAAAUAAUAAUUUAAAUUCUAAUGGACAUUUUGGAAAAGAACAAGGAUUUUUAAAUGUUUUAACAAUAGAGCAUGGGGCAUCAACAAUGAAGAAACGAAAUAGUUAUAUUAAUGAGGAAGAAAAUAAUGAAAAAACAAAACUUUCGUCUAAUUCAAUUGAAAGAAGACUUGACCGUCUUGAAGCAAAUCAACAAAAUUUGAGACGCGCCACACUUGCAGAUUGGCCAGCAUUUAGUGUAGAUAAACGGGUACGUAUAUUUGACCAUACACGCGGCACUUGGAUUGAUGCACAGAGGGAAUGUUCAGAGCAUGCCGGUACUUUAUUAGAAAUUGACUCAGAAUCUGAGAAUGAGAGAAUAAAUGGUAAAUAUGAAAAAAUAUUUUUAUUCUUGAAAUUUUCAGAAAUGCUUACGAAUAGUGGCAAUAGUAAUCGACCAAAUGAUCAUUACUGGAUAGGUGUACAAAUUAUGUUGCAAUUCAGCAAUGGUUCUUCCAUAAUUGGAAAUUAUAGCAAUUUUGAAGAACAAAAUAAUUCAGAAAAUACGGAAAAUCAAAAACUGUCAAAAGGUUUAGUAAUGAAAAGGUGUGCUGCAAUUUCCGCGUCUCAGACAACAAAAAAUGAAGGACGAUGGCUAAGUUUAGAAUGUAGUGAAAAGCAUGGGUUUAUAUGUCAGCUUUGA